AUGGCUAAGAAGGGGGCAAAGAACAAAGACAAAGAGACCAAGGCCAAGGGUGGCAAGGGAAAGGUUGCGAAAAAACAGCAAAAACAAAAACAGGAAGAGGAGGAAGAGAAGGUUCAGACCGAACAGCAAGCUCAGCAACCCGAGGAUGACCAAAGCACAUCUGUAGAAUCAGAACAAGCUCAGUCACAAACCGAAGAUCCACUCCAGAAUCCUGAGGAGGACUCGAAGUCUGAUGAGGCUGCACAGCCUGUUGAAGACUCAAAACCUGAGGAAGAGUCAAAACCAGAGGCUGAGGUAAUACUCGAAGAGCCAACAGCUGAGGAAGAGCCUAAGGUCGAAGAGGAACCUAAGACUGAAGAACCGAAGGUCGAAAUUGAAUCGACUUCCGAAGAACCCAAGCCUGAAGAGGAGGCUAAGGUCGAGGAGGUGGCGACUGAAGAGUCCAAGGUUGAAGAUGAGCCUGUUGUUGAAGCUCCGGCUGUUGAAGAGUCACCAACAACUGAGGAGGCACCUCUGGCUGCGGAAGCACCAACACUAGAGGAGACCGCUCAGGUUGAAGAUGCACCUGUCGCUGAGGAAACAUCUCCUGUAGAGGACGUAGCAGCGAAUGAAGAAGCACCAAUCGUUGAGGAACCACCUAAGCUUGAUGAAGAGCUUAAGGCUGAAGACGAUCUCAAGGUCGAUGAAGCACCGAAGGCUGAAGAACCGCUUGACGAGGAAGAAACAAAAGCGGAUGGUCAACUAGGCACGACCGAGGAGACAAUACCUGACGAGCCCCAACCCGCGGAAGAGGCUGUUUCUACAGAAGAAGCAAGCCCUGAAGAGGCGGCACUCGAAGAAACAAAGCCUCAGGACGCCGCACCGGAAGUCGAAGAGAAGUUCGAAGAAGCAGCGCCUGAACCUGGGACACAGAUUGAAGAAGACAACUUCGAGGAAGCAAUACCAGAACAGGAGGCAAAGCUGGAAGAAAGUGUGGUUUCAGAUGCUGUUCCGCUUCCAGAAGAGGUUCAGCAGGAAGGAGACAAACAACCCGAACAAGCAACUGAGUCAGUGAAAGAAGAUGAAAGAGGUUGGGACGAACAAGAGCAAGAAGAACAAGAAACUGUCAUAGAGGCUCCUAUUGCUCAAAAAGCUCCUUCACCGUCUCCAGCUCCCUCUCAAGCCCAGUCGUCUCCCUCGAAAAACCCAUCUAAACCUCCUUCGAUCAUCCAAAGUCUUCCUCCGCUGCCGAGAUCCAUUACUUCUACACCAUCAAACUUGAGCUUGAGCCAGGCCUUCCCAUCCCCAAAGCUCUCCUCCUCAGGGAGUCAAGGCAAGCCCGGAGGAAAAAGCACGAGCACGGUUGCAGGGGAUGAAUUCCAAGAAGCUGAAGAAAUAGUUCCUCCAGUCGCAACCAAUACCUCACAUAAAGGUCGAUCUGCUUCACCUCGAUCUCAGUACGAUGUAACUGACAGUGACUACCAAACUGCUUACGGGUCUGCCAAAACACCCACCACUAGGGCUGUAUCAAACGGAGCAUAUUCACCAUCCGACGUCCCUUUACCUUCACCUUCUGUAUCAGAAGCCAGGACAAAAUCUGCUUCUCCCCCGGGACCUUCUUACGAAUAUACCCACCAACCGCAGCCUAUACCUGCAGCCGCACCACACUUCGCCUAUCCCUAUCCAUACGCCCAUCUUUAUCAGCAAAACCCCAACUACCCGAGCAGUCCAGUCAUGGAACAGACACCGGCAAAUGUGGUUACUCCUCAGUACUCACCUGUUAUGCACCCUUCCCCACAGCCAAACUAUGCAACUUCUUUCAGCCAGCAGCAAGGAAGGAGGGCUAGUCGAUCAUCGAGAAGCCAAUACGACUAUUAUUUUGGAAAUACAUCCCAAUACCGCUCUGCUAGGGAGUCCAUGUCUCAACCUACUGAGAAUGGAAAGCCACACUUGAACGGUGAACGUGACCUUGCCGACACGGUUAAUCUUCUACAUCGCAUACAAAAUGUUAUCCCUGACCUUAACAAACUUGUUGUCAGCUAUCGUGAGGCACAGAGUCAAUUGUCCGCCAGAGAGGCCGAAAACAAGCAAAUCGAGGCCCAGCAUGAACAGGCUCUCCUGCACAAGGAGUACUAUAUCGAAGCCUUGCAGAACCAGAUGAGAAAGGUUGCCAACGAACAUGCAGAGGAGUGCUCCAAGCUGAAGGGUAAAAUAGGAGCCCUUGGAGUUGAACUCAGCGAUCUGCAAGAGAGAAAUAGAAACACCGAGGACACAUUAGUUGAGACUCAAAAGGCAAGGGACGAGCUGCUUCGUGCUCGCGAUGAACUGGAAAGCGAGGUUGAUCAUAUUCAGAAAGAGAUCGAAGCAGCCCGCGAAGCACACGAACGUGACGUAGUGAGACUCAGAAUGGAGGCUGAGAAGUCAGAAGAGAAAGCGCUUGCUGAGCAGAAGGAAAGGCUAGAAGACCUAUUCCAGGAAAUCAAGAAUGAAGAUGACAGGAUUGCUGCUGAGCAUCUCAAGGCUCGUGAGGAUGAGCUUCUGGGCCAGCUGGCAGCGAAGCAGGAGGAACUGGAUGCCAACGAGGUGGCACUCAAGUCGAAUGUGGAAGAGCUCAAGAUCACCCAGGAAGAACUGGAUGAGAAGAAAGCUGAGCUUGCGGAGAAAUUCUCGGAGCUCGAGGCCCUCAAAGAAGGGUUGGCGAAUACGAAGAACGACCUUGAAGCCAAACAGCUGGAGUGCGAGUCUAGACAAAACGAGCUUGAACUUACUCGAAAGGAUCUCGAGGAGACCAAGCGUCAUCAUGAGGAGGAGCUCUCCGCCUUGAGAGACGCGUUGGACAUCCAAACCAACAAUGUCAGGGAAAUCAAAGAGCGCUUGGCCAACAUGGUCCUCGAACACCGCAACCAAGAAGAGACCUGGCAGAAGGCCCGCGAAGGUUACGAGGCCCAGCUUAGCGAGAAGGCUGAAGAACUGAAACUCAGCAACGAAGAGAAGGAAGUGCUCGAACGAGAAGGUCUGGCGAAGGAGGAGAGACUCCAGAGCAUAGUAGAGGAGAUGCGCCAGACUCAUAAUAACCUGAACAAGGACCGUGAGAGGUUGAAGAAAACGCUACAUAGCCUUGGAGAAGCGACAGACAUGAAGAUGAAGGGAGACUCGUUCUUCAUUGAGUCCUUUGCCGAAUUGUCGCGGCUUAUCGUCGAGGUAUCCAAGACUUACUUCACCUACCUCCCUAUUGAACCACCACCGGAUAUCCUCGCCAAGAUCCCAUCUGAUAUCCCGCAAUUUUUGGACAAUACCCCAGCAUCCCGAGAGCUCCGUGCUGCCUAUGUGCAGCACGUCAUUUCCAAGACCCUGACCUAUAGGAUAUUCCAGCCUUUCCUGUUCACCCUGGGAAGACGAUACGAUAAGGCAGACACCUUUUUCCAGAUGCUUUCUAUCGACAUCCGCCGCAAAUCCGUUCGACGCGAAGCUUUCUGGCGACAGCAGACACUUAAGGCAGCAUACACCACUUCUGAUGCCAAACAGGCCAUCAAUGUCGUCGCGGCUGUUAUAGUUGAUGAGAUUGUUGACCAUAUCCGCCACUUCACAGACCCAACGCAUCUCGACGCCUUGUUGACAAAUGUCCGAAAGAUUGUCAAGCUCGCAGCAGAGACAUGGCGAUUGGCUCGCGUGGAACGAGAAUUGAUCACAGCCACUAUGCCGUCAGCUGAGGACGAGCAGACUGCAAAUGAAGAAUGGGAAGAGUUCGACUAUGAGUCCAAUGCACCAUUGCCAGGGGGCGAAGGCACAGCUGAGCCGCCGCUGACGCCAAAGAAAUUCCGCCGUCCUCUUCUCCGAAUGCUUCCUCGUAUCUUCCGAGGAGCUGUGCAUGAAGAUUUCCUCACUGAGGAUGACCAUGAAAAGGCGUCUCCCUGCACAUACCUCCGAGGAGUCAUCUUAUAUAGUGACUCUCCCUCCGUCUUGGCCAGACGGGCUGAGAUGUUCAAGAAAAAGCCAGAGGCGGUUGGAGUGAUUGACGAUGCAGAGGAUGCGCGACUGCGAGCCGCAUCUGCCACUCCGCCUAACGCUAGCGGGAGGAGCCCUUCCCCGAAAAGCCCUACUGGGAACCGAUCGCCCAGAUCAAGAAGAUCAAGGGAGAGGGCCUUUGGCCAUGAUGACUAGAACAAGGGUAGGUGGGAAUAAGGCUGAAGCUGGUUUUUCCCUAUCAUCGGCAUCUAUCAUGUCAUAUUGCGUCAAAUGUUUCAAUGUGUUUCAUGAUUUCGUAUUCAAAUUUUCUAUUCUUUGUUUCUUUUUCAAUUUAUCUCCAGAUCGCGUUUCUAUCUUCCAUUUGAAGUUUGACGUUACGAUAUUUCUUCUUUAUCUUUGGAGCGUUCAUUUACGGUGUUUCUGUUUCUCUGCAUAGCAUUGCACGUCCAUCGGUAUGGCACUUGGUAAUUGUACAAUUGACGACAGGGUUUGCUAUGGCCACGGAGUUAGAAAGGCGAGAUAACGAUUUACUGACUUCUUUAUCUUUUAUUCAUAUGGGUUAAUUUCUCCUAUCAACUAGUUAGCUAUUCAUCAUGAGCCACUCCGUAGAGAUAUACCAGAUUGCUUUUCAGUGUAUCAUUCUCGCCCCUUUCCCACACCUGUGGCGCAGUUAAUCACCAUCGGUCACUCUUCAUCUACCUGUAUCUGCCUUGGGCGUGGACGGGGAGAACAGGCUUAGUUGCCGGCCCGCCUUGACCUUCACUCCUUACUUACGCGAGACCUCCCACCCUCCAUCUGAUCUAAAUACUCCGUACCCUUCCGAAAGACCAUCAAACGUUAAGGCAAAC